AUGAAUUUGUCUUAUGAUUAUAAUAUAAUAAUAAAAAUUAUGGACACCAAUAUAGCUCAUUGGUCUUUACUUCCUGCGAGUCAGCAGCCUGUAUAUGAUUUCGAUGAGUUAAAAGCUGUUAUUUCCCACGUAAGCAUUUAAAUCAGUUAGCAAAUAGUCAACCAAUAGUAUCAUAUCCAGAAAUCCAAGCUUUAAAAAAUGAACUAUCAAAUUGUCAUUUCGGUAAAAAAUUAAUUUUAAUCAUAGGAGACUGCGCAGAAGCUUUUUCAGACUGUAAACCAUCAAUUUUACAAGCAAAGCUCGACACAUAUGAAAAAUAUAGGAGAGCUUUUUCGAUUAAAUCAAAAAAGGAAAUUGUAAUGAUCGGAAGAAUAGCUGGACAAUUUUCAAAGCCUAGGUCCGAUUUAUAUGAGAAUCAUGGAGGAAUUCAAAUUCCUACUUAUAGAGGAGACAUGAUUAAUGGAUUUGACCCAAAUUUCAGGCAACCAGAUCCAUAUAGGAUGAUAGAGGGUCAUACAAAGUCAUUAGACACAAUUGGAUUUAUAAGAAAUUUUCAUCGAAAUAGCCAUCAAAAAUUCUGAACCGGCCAUGAGGCUUUGUUAUUGCCUUAUGAAGAUGCUUUGACAAGAUCAAUUGAAAAUGAAUAUUUUGACACAUCGGCACAUUUUUUAUGAAUUGGAGAAAGAUGCCGAAAAUUAGGACAAGCACAUGUAGAGUUUUUAUCACAAAUUUCUAACCCCGUAGGUAUAAAAAUCGGCCCAAACGCUGAUUUAGAAGAAUUGCAAAGCAUCAUGAGAUUCUUAAACUAUGAAAAUGAAUAUGGUAAACUUAUCUUGAUACCAAGGCUUGGCAACAAUAUAAUUAGGAUGCAGUUUCCAAGUGUGGUUCAAGCUGUAAAAAGAACUGGGAUUCCACAUAUAUGGGUGAUUGACCCUAUGCAUGGGAAUACAUAUAAAACAAAUCAAGGGCUGAAGACAAGAAGUGUCAGCUCAAUUCUAAAUGAAUGUAUUGAAAGUAUAAAAAUUUUGAGAGAAAAUCGUGAGAGCUUGGGAGGAUUCCAUUUUGAAGCUUCAUAUGAAGAAGUUACAGAGUGUGUAGGAGGUAAUGCAGGAAUUACUGAAGAAAGCUUAAAUAAAAAAUACAAAACAUUGUGUGAUCCAAGGCUUAGCAGAAGUCAAAUGUUGGAAAUUCUUAAAAUUCUAGGAAGUUUGAUUGCUAAAUUCUUUUAUAAAAAAUUUUAUUUAUAAAAUAAAUAUAAAUAAAAUAAAAUUGAUUUUUUAAUAAAAAUUAUUAAAAAUGCAUAAGGUAAGAAUAACAAUGAUGAACCUUAUUUAAGCUAG